AUGUUAUAUGAUAGUAAAAGUUCCAAGAUUUUCUCACCUCCAAAGAUAUUCUCUGAAUUAGAUAAGAAGUAUCAAUCUCUCUAUUUAUUCUUCUUUUAAGGAGGAAUGAUGCCAUGGAUAGUGUUUAACAUCAACAUGGCGAAGUGUAAAAUUAUAUUGAUUAAGUGAAUGAUAAAACUUUGAUUGCCAUUUAAAUGGAAGUAUGUAAAUAUUACAUAAUCAUAGGAAUAAAGACUAAAUCAAAGAUAUUUUCAUUUGCUUAAUUAACUUGAAAAAACUAAGUUGCAAAUCAUCAAAUUAGAAGAAAAACUGAGAUAGCAAAACGAGUAAUAAAUAUUAUAUUCUAUUGUUUAGUCUUGAAAAUCAUCCAUAAAUUAAAUAAAUCAUUAGUGAAUUAUCCAAGGUAGAUCAAUACCGAUUAGCAUUGAUCAAAAAAGUACUGCACCUAUUAUUUAUUAGACUUAACAAUUAACACAAGAAUUGCAAUUAAACUAAUUUACUAUCAAAGAACUAAAAGAACAAGUUUAAAAUAAGCGACUGGAAAUCAGAGAUUGCGUAAGGGAUUGUUGGCAAAUCUAAUAGUAAAUUCUAAACUAUAAAUCUAAUUACACUUAAUCUACAUCUAGAACAGUAUUUAUAGAAAUUUAUUGAGUAGCAAAGAAUUCAAUUACAAAGUCUCGAUAUCAGUAGUAAUCGAAGCAAUAUCAAUCUAUUUAUAACUAAUUAGGAUACACAGACUAACCGUUUGAGUUUAUCAUAAUUACCUCCUAUUAAACUGAAAAUGCACUCUAAAAGUAGAUUAUUAGAGGUUCUUCAGAAAGCUACUUUUAGGGGAUAAUAAUAAGUAACACCAAUUUAACAUUUUAUUUAUUUAGCCUGUUAAUGACAUUAUUGAAAUAUAUAAAUAAAUAAAUAUUUUGAGGAGAAGAAUUAUUGAACAAAGACAA